AUGAAGACAUACAGCAUCUUCAGCUGCAUCAUUUCGGUCGGACUGGGCGCAGUGCUUGGAAGAGAUGCAACGUCUCUCGUAUUUGACCCAGAUAUGGGCCAUCAAGUGUUGAACAUGACUUCAUUCUCUAUCGCAAAUCACCGUCACAAGGGAGACCUUCAUGUGCGGGCAACGGAUGCAGCAACCAAGCCGCAGUGCUUUCCUGAAUACGGAAUCGCCCGCCUGGACGAGACCACAAGCAACAUCGACCAUCUGAACGAUGUUGCAGCCCAAGACGCGGUGUGCGUGGCGGAGCCAGGAACCUGCUCUCGCCCAUCUCAUCUGGGCCACUCCUCCAUUUUCAUGUGCAAUCAAUUGGACCAUCCCAUCCAAACGAUGUGUGUAGACCUGAUCAACGCCACCACGGCGCUGUCUGCGGCCUGCCGCUUCGGAAAUGAUUAUACGUAUGGCUACCUGACGAACACCACCUCGGGGCCUGACAGCUAUCCCUACGUCGUGGCCCUCGGUGACGACUAUGCCUUUGGGUCGCAUUGA